UUGCUUCAGGUGGCUCAGCUCGGAUGUCGGCUUCAUGUCUCUAUUGCUGGAAUCUAUCACGGACAUUCUGCCGAUACUUUGCGUGGGACUAAUCUGGCGCCUGGGUGACAUACGACUCUGGUGUCAGACGACCUUUGCUGGAGCUUUGCUAAUGACGCUGAAGGGCUUUGUUUCGUGGGCCACGGUAGUACCAGACGCCCAAGGAUGGAAGGCAUGCAAAGACAGAUUGGGCAUCGACGGGCUGCGCUACUUUCGGGAGGACCGGCUGGUCGCGGAUAUGUUGGCUGACAUCUUGCUCCUUGAGGUUAGAGGCUUUUGGUUCGCACGUUCGAGGCGGAGACUGUGUGCAGAUACAAUGUUCAGUGGUGGCACCAGUUUGUCAGUACUAUUUUGUACCAGUCUUUGUGAGGCUAGCAUCAUGCUAUCGUCGGGAACCUCGCAGCGUGGUGCAGAAGAGGCAGAUGCUCUUCUGCCAGCAAUUGCGCAGUGCAUGAGGUAUCUGCUGGUGGCUUUGACGGUUGGAAACCUGGUGGUACCAGUGCUUGAGGGGUCGUGGCAGUUGCUGCCAGAGGCUUGGCGAAUCGGAAACAAGACUAAGGAAUGGACACAGGAGGUUCUUUGCAGGUUUGCAACAGCCCUGUCCACAUCUCAAACUGGUCUUGGCUCUGGCGGUGGAUGCUUGGUGUCGCAGCUGGCCAGUGGAAGGCAGGACAUGGAGCACAACCUGGUGGACUUGGGCAAGGUUCUGAUCCCACCGCCCUGGUCGGUGGGGCGGGAGUACUGCUACCUGCGGCAGCAUCCCCUUCCGGAAGCAUCUGCCCAGAAGGGCGUUAUGCAGCAACUUCUGGCGAUCCUUCGCCAGUCCCAGGAGCAGCUUGCAAAGAAGGAGCAGAAGAAGCUUGAAAUGCUAAAGAAGGAGCAAGCUGACGAGCUUGUCAGUGCGCAGCGUUCGGACCGGUUUGCUGAGCAACGCAUUCAGGAG